AUGAUUGAGUGCAUCUUCGAUCACACCCCCGAGUUCAUCAAGUCCAAGAUGGCUGCCGCUGCCAUCGUCCUCGGUCUUUCACCGACAAUCAUCGCGACUCUCGGCGUCAGGCCGCAGGAGACUGCUGUAUUGUCGGUUGUCGGUCGCCGCCAUUUGCUUGCCUUUGCCCUCGCCGUCGGCUCGCCAGCCCUCAACGCAUACCGAUCGUCCGAGUAUAAUUCCAUCAUCGACAGUCUCAGGGAGAGAUCACGCCAGCGGCCAAACGCCAUGCGAAGACUUGACCCGUUCGUCACGGCCAUAUCCUACUGCCUCGCCGGUGCUUCCAUCGCAAAUAUCGGAGAACUGACUUAUCAACUCGGAGCCAGAACCAUCUUCAUAGUCCUCCCUGAUUCUGCAUAUCUGGCUCUUCUCUGGGCCUUUAUCGGCGUCUUCAUCCACUUUAUGGCUGCCAUAGCGCUGCGAUGUCGAGUGUCUUCUGAGGUCAAGUCGGUCGAUGAGGAGAUGACGCAGGGCUCUUGGCCAGUGAGUGUGGCGAAGGGUCAGAUCGACCUCAUGGCUCGACGUUCCAGGAUCAUCUUCACCGUUCAUCCCGAGUCGCUGAGCUUCUUCUCCAUGUCCUUCAUCACCACCAUAUCAACAGCCUGCCACAUCAUCUUUGGUACCAUGGUCUUCUCCAGCAUCUUGUUCGUGUCAAUCAACGACAGCUUGUCCAUUGUGGCACGCCUAAUGGCUAGUGCCAUCGUGUGCCGCAUUAUCGUGACAUAUGAGCUGCUCGUUCUUCGAGAG